AUGCCAUUCCAACAACACUUGUUGCUGCGCAAGAUAAUCAAUCAUUUGUUAUUGUGCAAUCAUAACGAUGCUCAUGAUGGCACUAGUACAAGAGACGACGUGCCCCAUUAUCUUUUGCUCAAUAACACGGAGUGGGUUCUCAAGCUGUCGCUAGUGUCACGUGUCUGGGCCACCAAGGUCAUCCCAUUCCUCAACAUCACCACUCCCUUCUUGAUCGAGACUAGAAAGGACCUCGAACGAUUUGCACGCUACACAUCGGUCGGCGUCUACCACACAGAGGUCUGCCUCAACCCAAUCGUCACACUGCAGGCCGCAAUCUACAUACCCAACUCGAUCUACUCGCACAACUACGACGACAUCAUCAAGCAUUCACCAGCAGCCACAACACAACAAGCAGCAGGUGGCGUGUUUGACCGAGUGACUCACUUCUACAGCCAGACAUUCUUUACAUACCAGGCGCUCUUCUUUAAGUUCCUGUCGUCUCUGACCCAACUGGUGCAUGCCACCAUCCCGAUAUGUGGCGAACACGAUAUAUACUCAUUAGAGAACUUCCUCAAGGUGUCCACCUCCAUUGUCUCUCUAUCUCUGCUGCCUCGAAGCACCAACAUCAUACUGCACUCUCUGACACGUGCAGCACCGCCAAACCUCGCCAAGCUCAAGAUCUUUGGAUACAACGAUGCCAAGGUGAAUCUGAUGCAGCUGUCUGGCCCUGCACCUGGCCGUCUCACAACACUCAAACUCUACUCGCUGAAGCUAAACAACCUCAACCUUCUUGGCCAGUAUCUCAACAAUGGAAUGCGCAAGUUACAUCUGAACAGUGUAUCAUAUGAGUCUAAGCAACAGGUUGGUGCCUUUUUCAGCUCACUCCUGGACAACCAGACUCUAGAGGUGAUCAAGAUACAACUAGCGCCUUGCCUCGAUGGCGAGAUACAACCAUACAAACCUCUGGCAUCUAUCGACGACACACUUCCAGCGCUCACUACACUACACAUCUCAUACGACAGUAUGAAGUACAGUCAUGUUAGGAAUCUCCUCAUGGCGCCCAACAUCACCAAUCUUGGACUUUUUCGACCAUCUUCCUCCUCCACCAAUGACCCAUUCGACAAAUUCCACGACAGUUGGCAUCUGGAUCAAGCCAAACUGUCAGGUGUCAGUGUCCACUCGGCCAACCUUUUGUCAUCCACCUUGAUAGGCCGUCAUCUGAGGAAGCUGAAGCUAACAAUGGCGCCCCUAAAAUCAUUGGAGAACAUUCAUGCCAUCCUUCUCAACACCGAGUCAGUGCUGAACACUCUCAAGGUGUCCAGUAUCCAGGGUCCCAGCGACGCAUCGAUCUGGAGCAACUUUUUCUCUGUCGUGUCAAAGUGUAGCACGCUCAAUCAACUAUCAGUGGUCGGAUCCGAUGUCAACGAGGCAAGCGUUGCCCAAUUCAUUAAUGGCCUGCCACCAACUAUAAGACACCUUUGCUUUUCAGAGAACAUAUUCAGGUCGUUCGCAACGUUUGGCGCUCUGAUGUGGAACCAAACACUCAAGUCACUUUGUCUCAAAGGCUGCUACAAAUUCAACAUCACCUCCAAUCGAACAAUCAACAAUGCCCCACUUGUCUCUGCUGCAUUGCCAGCAGCUUUGCAAGAGGCCUCAAUGAUUCAUCCACCUUAUACUCUAGCAGAGACACCAACAACAAUCGGUCAGAUCAAGUCAUCCAUUGAACAAAUCAAUGCUCUCAACAAACUACACAGUGAACUCAACAACACUUUAAACAACAACAACAACAACAACAACGACAACAUGGGCAAUCAUUCACAAUCAUAUGACAGCUCGAACAACGACGGAGAUCUCAGAGACCACGAUAUUAUGAUGGCUGGAGAGGGCGAGAACGCAGAGGAUGACGAUCAUCAUGCCUACGAUACCAAUGAUCACCCAGGCAACAAAUCAACACAUCCCACCUUUGGAUACAUCAUGAAGCAGGCAUUCUUGGAGCAACUCAAUAUCCUCAAGGAUAUUAUCACGACCAACUUGUCAAUCGAAUACUUGUUGAUUGAUGUCUACAUGCCAAUGCCUCCAGGCAAGAGCAGUAGUGACUAUAUCCCAAAGAGAAGACAUUGGACAAAAUCAAAACAUUCAUCAGAUAACACUGACAGCACUGAUGAUACCAAGAUCGAUGACGAAGACGAAGAAGAUGAUGAUACCAACAACAACAACAAUAAUAACAACAACACAAAUGGUCACAACAACACCACUUCACCAUUCAAGAUGACACAGGCCAAGGAGGACCAAAAGAGAGAUGUGGUCUUUGAUAAGAACAUUGACCACGUGAUUGAUGAUAUCAAGCGACACUUGGUCAACUCUCCAAACUACACAUUCCAGGAUGUGACAUUCUAUCAUCGUCUCGAGCCACAUCCAAUGUCCAAGUCAUCUCGGCUCUAUCCCAUCAUCAGGCCACUUCUCAAUCGAUCCAAGUUGCUUAGCUUCCAGUAA